AUGGUUCCUCCUACACCAUCACCCAUUAAUGUUGUUUUUCCUCAUCAGGGUGACCAAGGAGAAGCCAACUCCAAAUUUAAAACGGUUGUGCUUUCCCAAUUCUCCUUAUUUGUGCAGUUAAAUCAGUCAAUAAAUAAAAGAUUGACUAAAGUUGAAAUGAAUGUGGCCACAAUGAAGAAACUUAUGGCCUUGGAUGGUGAAGAAGAUGAUGAUAAUAUGGUUGUUGAUGACACUCCACCAAACUCUCCAGGUGAUAACACUCCUCCACCUCCUCCUCUAUCACAUCCUCCUCCAAAACCUCCUUCACUUACUCCUAUAUCCCCUCCCCAAUUUGAUGCUUCCAAAAGGGGAGAAUUAUCAAGAGGGUCCUCAACCAAUGCAAAUGCUGGUGAUACUUCAUCCCUUCCUCACAAGAAAAUCAAGCUCACUUUUGAUCUGCGUGAGUUAUCAGAAACAUGGAGCUUACAUAUCGAUGAAGUUAAACAGAUAAUGGAGGAAUGCAAUGUUGAUAUUCGACAGAAGAAAGAAGUCAGAAAACAAGAACACUUGUCUGCCAAACUUGUUCAAGAACUUGUUUCCGCUGACAAAUAUGUUGAAGUUCAAAGAACUGAUGAUCAGAGCCAGAGCACGGGAUCUUCUAUCUCGACAGUCAAAAUCAGAGGUGCUUUUCAACACACUGAUGACCUUCCUUCUGCUCCCACUGAGCACUUGUUUCAUCUUCGCUUGGAAGGGCUAGGUCACUAUGAGUUGGAAAGAGGAUGUCACGUGCUGAUAUCACUAGAGCUGCAUAGAAGACUAGAUGAGCUGAAACUUGUUCAAUUCAAAUCAGUAAAGCCUGAAAUUUUAAAUUUUUUUGACAAGUUAUACAAUGGCUCUUCGGAUGAAUCUGAAGACGAAGAAGAUUAG